CGAAGAAGAAGAAGAAGAAGAAGAAGAAGGUAGCAGGUAGCAGGUGCCUGAAGUGCCUGCUUAUUAUCUGCUGUUGUUGUUCUCUCGGACGAAAUUACAGGAUGGCACAGUGGGGUGCCAUAUUCUCGAUAAUUGCUGCUCUCGGAGGAGCAGCGCUCUUGGCCUCUGUACACAAGAUCGACGAGGGACACACUGGAGUUUACUACAGGGGAGGGGCUCUCCUGACUACCACCAGCAGCCCCGGUUUCCAUCUUAUGCUUCCAUUCAUCACCACCUACAAGCCUGUUCAGACGACGCUGCAGACUGAUGAGGUUAAGAAUGUACCAUGCGGCACAAGCGGAGGAGUGAUGAUUUACUUUGAUCGCAUAGAAGUGGUGAAUUACCUCGUGCCAUCAGCAGUGUACGACAUAGUGAGGAACUUCACAGCAGACUACGACAAAGCUUUGAUAUUCAACAAGGUUCACCAUGAGCUCAACCAGUUCUGCAGUGUCCACUCGCUGCAGGAGGUUUACAUCGGCUUGUUUGACCAAAUCGAUGAAAACCUGAAGUUGACAUUACAAGAAGAUCUGACAUCCAUGGCACCUGGACUUAUCAUACAGGCAGUGCGUGUCACUAAACCCAAUAUCCCAGAGAGCAUUCGCAGGAACUACGAGCUCAUGGAGAGCGAGAAGACAAAGCUGCUGAUCUCUCAACAGACACAGAAGGUUGUGGAGAAGGAGGCAGAGACAGAAAGGAUCAAAGCUGUGAUAGAGGCUGAGAAAGUGGCACAAGUGGCUGAGAUCAAGUAUGGACAGAAAGUCAUGGAGAAGGAAACGGAGAAAAAGAUCUCUCAAAUCGAAGACGGUGCUUUCCUGGCCCGGGAGAGAGCCAGGGCAGAUGCAGAGUUCUAUACAGCACAGCGAGCUGCAGAGGCCAAUAAGCUGAAGUUAACACCAGAGUACCUGCAGCUAAUGAAGUACAAGGCAAUCGCAGCCAAUAGCAAAAUCUACUUUGGGAAUGACAUACCGCAAAUGUUUGUGGACUCUGGCUCCGCAGGGAGCUCUAUCAAGGCCUCUGCAGCCAUGGACAUUGUUGGUGAGCAGUUCUUCGACCUGGAUUAGCAAGGAAAGUAGUGGAACCCACAGGGACACCAAGGGGUGGCAGGACUACUGCUGGAGGGCAGAAGCCUGGUCCACAGACUGCCUGGCAGGUUCUCCCUCUGGCCCAGAGAAGCUCUGCUGACCAGGGCCCGUAUUUCUCAAGCAUCCCUGAGUCACUGCUAGACAUCACAUUGAAAGUCUGCCUGUAAAAUUCCCCUACCUCACUACUCAUGGGGAGAGAUUGUCUAGACUUGGUAAAUUAGUAGGAAAAAACCCUAGGUAGAGAUUGAAUCCCCUGUAGGUGUGUAAUAAGCUGCUUUAACGGGGAAUUAACGUCAUUUAGCCAAAACACUCAUUUGAAGGAAUUAUCCCUGCUGCUGUGCAUCAAGUGCAUCCAUUUCCCCACAACACCAAGGAUCACAAAGCCAUUACUACUUAUGUAUUCAUACUGUCCAUACUGUAUGCAUGUGUCCUCAUCGAGCAUUUGAAGCAGUGAUAUUUUCUACCAGUUGAUACUGAAGAAGAAAAGGAAAAAAAGUUCUCGAAUCAGUUAGCUGUUAACUAUUAAAUUAAUUGCCAACUACUUUAAUAAUUGAUUAAUAAUUUGAGUAAGAUGGCCAAAUGACCACAUUUUCUGAUUUCAGCUUCUCAAAUGUGAAUAUUCCCUGGUUUCUUUAGUCAGUCUUUUCUGACAGUACACUGAAUAGCUUUAGGUUGUGGACGUCCCCUUUGGGCUUCGGCCAACAGCAAUAGACAUUUUUCACAAUUUUCUGACAUUUUAUAGUCCAAACAACUAAUCGAUUAAUUGAAAAAUGAUUGACAGAUUAUCCGAUAAUGAAAAUAAUACUGCGGUUUAAAUGUAUAUUAUCAAUCUGCAGCCUAAUGAACACCGCUUCUGUUCAGUGGAGUGGUGUUAGCAAACAGUCAGUUGUUAUGAUUGGAGCAGUCCCAGGAAAAACAAAAAGAAUUAAUCAAAAGACCUUUUAAUCCAGUGAAUCUCUCUCCUGUUACGUAAUGCUAUUUUCUACGUUUCCACGAGUCCCAGUACGGGAAAGCUCUGCUCAGUCCUAGAGAACGUAGGAUGACUUGAGAAGAGUAAGAAAGUUCCUAAUGUUGACACUCCUCUGCUGAAAAGAAGGACCAAAUAAGUGUCACUCUGAGGAUAUUAGGUGGUGGUUUCUCACUCUGAGCUGCUUGAAAAAUACAGACCCUGACUAAACAUGUCAUUGCAGACAAACGGAUGAUAUGAAUGUACUGUGUGGUAGCUGCUGGCCGUCAGAUGUAAUAUCAUCACUCCACUUAUUUGUGUUUAUGUUUUUGUAAAAAAUGUUUUGAGCACCUGUUGAUUAUAAAUUGAACGUGUGAAAUUGUACCACAUUUUGCUGUGAUUGUUGGCACUUUGUUUUUCACACUGUACAUGUAGCAGAGAGACUUUAUCUGUGCAGCUGUUCGUCUCUGUUGUGCAUUAGGAGUUUUAUUCAAAACUUAGAUUAUGUUGCGUUAUGCCAUGAAAAACAGCUUUUGGACUCAAAGUUUUCCUCACCAGACUACAGACAUGUGACAUCAGGUUUCCAAAAUGGGACAAUUUUCGGUUAUUUUUAAAAAUAAUUUAAUGCAACUAUGUCAUGUAAGAAUCUUAGGAAGCGGGUUAUGCACAUCAGUGAAUUGCCUUUGAACCUUUCGCAACACAAGCUGUUGCCCUGGAGGAGGCAGUGUUCAUAGGACCUGUAUAUACAGGUGGAUACUGAGGACUCACUGUAGAAAUAUUACCAACCUGUGUCAGUCUGUAUAAGUCAGUCAUUCAUUUGGGAAACCAAACCUUUUUUAUAAAAAUGUUGACUUGAUCAGGACCAAAAAACUAACUCCAAUGUGGUAACUCCUGUAGUUUUUUGUCUAGCUGUUUUUGUUUACCAGUACUUAGCAACGGAUGAAUGCAGUGUUGAAUAGCACAGAAUACAUGACAAAAUGAUUUGCUUUCCAAAGAGCCAUUUUGUUACAUAGCUGAGGAGGAAGUUAGGUAUGCAGGCGUGUGUGGACAUCAGUUUGGGGAAUUUGGCAUGGUUUUUAUUAGUGAUUGCGCCAAUAAGGUGCCCCAGGAGGAAGGUAUUUCUAUAAUCUAAAGUUAAAUGACUCAUGUCCUAAAUUAUCUGACAAAAUACAACUUCCACUCAUUAUUUCUUACACAAACUGGCUAUAUCCUGUGUAAAUGGCACCACUCUCUGUUGUUGUCUAAAGUUCGUUGAGUUGGCCCUCAGAGAGACCUCCAGUUGGCAAUUUAAUACAAUUUUCUCUGAUUGAGACUUGCAAUGACUUGAAAGGCAAAUGUUUUUGUACUAAUUUCAGUUUUGAAUGUGCAAUCAAGAUAUUGUCGUUGGACAAUAAAGUACUGUGGGUUGUUGUUGGAGAAAUCAGUGGAAUUCUAAUGAUUUAUUUUGUAUUACAUUGCAAGUCCAAUGUGAUGUAUAGGAUGUUUGUUAUUAAUAAAAGUGUUUCAAACACAAUAAAACAUAUAGUAUCUAAA